AUGUCCGAGCCUCGAAUUUCAACGAGUUCCGAGCGUACCACCGAUGACAAUGCUGGAUCAAUGAUCGAAGCCAACAACGAAAGUAUUGGUGAGAGAGUAACGUCACCGUUGUCCAAGAACGAAGUCAAAACGGAUCUGGACGAAGACAUAGCUCUGAGACCGGAGAUUGCCAGAGUAUUAAAUUCGGAUCUUGCCAUCAACGCAUUGUUAUCGCGAUUGAAGCAAUCUCUAUUGACCUGUGAGGAGCUCACAAAGUUCGUGCGUAAGAAAUCGUUCAUGGAGGAUGUACAUGCUCAGGAGCUAGGUAAAACGUACAAGAAUUUUUUCCAAACCAGUGGAUCAAGCUCUUCCCUGCAAAGAAGUAUUCACGGUGUACUGGACUUUGAUGGGAAAUUAGCUCAAGUCAAGAACAGCUACGUCAAAGCUUUGCAAAAAAUGGGUGAAGAGCUGGGUGCUUUGUUAUUAACUAUAAGCAAAAUGCGGAAAGGGCUCAAAGAAACGAGUCGAAGGCUGGAAAAAGAAGUUGCAGAAGCGAUUCAUAUGGCAGAGAAGGCCAAAAACAGGUAUCUUUCAUUGUGUCAAGAUUGGGAAAAAUUAAGAAUGGCAGACCCUUCCAAGACAAAGCUAACUCUUCGGGGCUCGAAAACUACUCGCGAGCAAGAGGAAGACUUGCAAAGGAAAAUUGAUAGCGCCGACCUUGAUUUCAAGCAAAAAGUUGAUCAUUCAACGUCUUUGAGGAAUACUUUCAUAUCGAAGGAAAGGCCGAAAAUCGUGUCUGAGGUGAAAGAUUUGAUUUUGGAAAUCGACACUGCGAUGGCAAUUCAAUUGCAAAAAUACACAAUUUGGACUGAAACGCUCAUACUCAACAGUGGUGUUACCAUCACUCCGUUCGACACUUCCAAAUCCAUGAAAUCGGUUGCUGUUUCCAUGUCUAACAAACAAGAUUUGUACAAUUUUCUAAACAAGCACAACCAGGGAUCCCGGAUCAACAACUUCAUAAACAAAAACCUCAUACCCGUUGAGUACAGGCAACAUCCCUCGAUGGUCAAGCAUCCACAGGACAAGAAUAACUUCAAUAAGCUCGGAGCGCAAAAUCGUACUGUGCCAAGUGGACAAUCUUUCAGCACAACAACGAACAGUCUGCCCAAGAGGAUUGUUUCCACACAUCAUGAAUCACCUUUCGAGUCACAGAAAACCAAGAGCGCUCAUUCAACUGGUUCCGGCGGCAAUUUCGGUAAUGUUGGCAUUACAGCUCAAGAACCGGCCACAAGAACCCGAGCAGGGGCUGCACCACCAGCACAUAACAAGCCCGUUACUUCAAUGGUAGACGCGGUGAGCAACGUGCCCGAAGGCGUAGUGAAUAACGUUCCAGAAGGCGCAGAUCCCGGUGGUAAAGACUUUGCCACACUAGACCCCGGCAAUGGCACCCGGACGGCAAGUUUAACAACAUCUAUGGUAACAUCUGCAACCGAUCGGCCAGUAUCCCAUGUUCCAUCCUCUGGUUCUCUUCCUCCUGGUAUUAGCAAGAAUGUGAAAACAUUUGGUGUGCCACUAGAAAAUCUAAUGGAGUUUGAACAAGAAAUGGUCCCUGCUGUUGUGCGACAGUGCAUUUAUGUCGUAGACAAACACGGUCUCGAUCUUGAAGGAAUUUACAGAAAGUCCGCAAAUGUUCUGGAGGUUAGUAAACUCAAAGAAGAAAUUGAUAAAGAUCCUUCAAACAUUUCAAUGAUUGUGCCUCCUAAAAAUUACACAGAGUCUGAUAUCUACUUGGCUGGCUCCAUUUUAAAAGCAUUUUUCUCCAACCUGCCGACUCCACUUCUCCCCCCUUCGAUGACCUCUGACAUCAAGACUUGUCUCUCAAUACAGGAUCCCGUCACCAGGAAAAAUUUCAUGCAUGGUCUGAUAUACAAGUUACCUGAUAGCCAGUACUGGACCCUGAGAUCUCUGAUUUUUCAUCUCAUGAGAGUAAUCAGUCAUGAAUCAUCCAACAGAAUGAACCUGAAAAGUAUUUGCAUUAUCUGGGGGCCAACCAUCAUAGCACCAAGUGACACGGAUAUUAACGACGUCAACUAUCAAAUCCAAGCUAUGGAAGUCCUCAUAGACGCCGCAACCCAAGCUUUUGAGCCCGAGUAA